GGCAUCACUGGAACUGGGCAAGGUUUCGAUCUUCCCGGGAGAAAAUUAGGUGGAUAUUCCCAUCAACCUCCUCUUUCUUCACUACGCCAGAAAGCAUUAACAGCGGCCCAAAACCGGGCCAAACUCGAAGCCCUGUUGCCACACGGGCCUAAACGUAUUGGUGGUGAUAGCAGCAUUAAAUCAAUGCUGAGCCCGAUUCAAGCAGCAGCAAUGGCUGCCGAAAGGAGGCUACACGACGACUUAUGGUGUGGUUCCAAAUCGGGCCAUGAGAAUGAAGGCUCUUUUGGGAACACAAGUUCGGUGAACGAUGUUGGGCCUGAUUUGAUAUCUCAAAAAGAUGAAAUGUUGUGGCAAUGCAAUGCGUGCACAUUACUAAAUCGGAGGCUUGCUCUUGCUUGUGAAGCCUGUGGAACACAAAAAGGUGAAGACAAUGGAAGUAAGAAGACAAAGGUUUGGUCUUGCAAAUUCUGCACACUAAAUAACGGCAUUGAAAUCGAGAGGUGCACGGCCUGUGGAGAGUGGAGAUACUCGUACGGGCCUCCUGUGUCUACUACCGGGCCGUAUCAUGGUACUUGA